AGCGCAAAGAAAACGAAACCCGUAAGUGAAGAUAAAGCAAAACACAAGCAACGAACGGGAGCGACGCGAUUUAAAACAGAAAAAAGUAUAGUUUCGUUCAUGUCUUAUCAUUUUAAAAAUUGCCCGUGUUAGACGAAUCAGUGUCGCCUUGUAUUGGUUGUUUUAUUUGUGAUUAAAAAUCAGUGCGAAUAGUAACGAAAUCAAGUUUAAAAUCUCGCAACAUCGGCUAGUCGCUGGUCGUUCUCGUCUCAAAUACUCGUCGCGUGCGUCACCCAUUUUUCUUUCUCAAUUGAUAUUCAAUCUGUACCAGCAUAUUUAUUCAAACCGAUUUGGAAGUCGCUGGUCCAAUCGGAUAAUUGUGCAUGCGAUUAGUUUAGUGCAACUGCAAAGUUUGAGUUACUGUCAGCUGGGCAGAUAUUGCAUUACUGCUCCCGGUGUUAAAUCUGCAGUCUGGAGUUGACGGCAUCAUCAUCGAUUGAGGCGGAAGGACGAUCAAAAUAUCAACAGACACUGCAUUUGAUUGCAGUAUAACUCGAAGUAGCAAGAAGAGGCCAAUGAUGGCUUCACUUUCGGCCAGUGCGGAAAACCUCUCCAGUGAUCAGAACAAUGAUGGUUCUUCCAUGUGCUUGGAGCUGGCAUUGGAAGGCGAACGGCUGUGCAAAUCCGGUGACUGUCGAGCUGGUGUGGCGUUUUUCCAGGCGGCGAUUCAAGCCGGAACUGAUGACCUGCGAACACUAAGUGCCAUCUACAGCCAGCUGGGCAAUGCAUAUUUCUAUCUAGGUGACUAUACGAAAGCGAUGCAAUAUCACAAGCAUGAUUUGACACUGGCACGAUCGAUGAACGAUAAGCUGGGCGAGGCCAAAUCAUCUGGAAAUCUUGGAAAUACUCUCAAAGUUAUGGGACGAUUCGAUGAGGCGGCAAUUUUCUGCCAGCGACAUCUGGUUAUCGCACAAUCACUUGGAGAUCGUCUCUCGGAGGGUCGCGCACUGUACAAUCUGGGAAAUGUGUACCACGCGAAGGGCAAACAGCUAGGGCAAAAAGAUCCCGGAGACUUUUCCGAUGAAGUGAAAGAAUCGUUGAUGCAGGCCGUCGACUACUAUCAGCAAAAUUUAACCCUCAUGAAAGAACUCGGUGAUCGCGGAGCACAAGGAAGGUCUUGCGGAAACCUUGGGAACACAUACUAUCUCUUAGGACAUUUUGAAACUGCCAUCGAACAUCAUCAGGAACGACUGCGGAUUGCGCGGGAGUUCGGUGACAAGGCUGCCGAACGACGAGCCAACAGUAACCUAGGGAACUCGCACAUCUUUCUCGGUCAGUUCGAACAGGCUGCCAAUCAUUACAAGCGCACACUGUCUCUUGCAAUGGAAUUAGGCGAACGUGCCGUCGAAGCGCAGGCUUGCUACAGUCUUGGUAACACGUACACCUUGCUUCGGGACUUUCCAACCGCCAUCGACUAUCAUCAGCGGCAUCUGGCCAUUGCCCAGGAACUUGGCGACCGAAUUGGGGAAGCACGAGCAUGCUGGAGCUUGGGCAAUGCUCACUCCUCAAUUGGUAACCACGAAAAAGCUCUUCACUAUGCUAAUUCACACUACUUGCUAGCAAAAGAACUUGGUGAUGUAGUUGGUGAAAAUACAGCAAAAAUGAACAUAUCGGAUCUUAGAAAAAUACUCGGCCUGCCGGAAUUGCCACCGGCAGAUAGUGCUUCCAUGUUGGCAAUCGAAAAUGAUACUCUUCAGGAAUUGGUUAGCCAGAAUGCUCAGCACGGUACGAGUGGAGUCAACAGCAGUGCCGGAAAAGGAGGUCCACUAUCAAAGCAGUAUCGUGUGCGACGGCAGAGCAUGGAACAGUUAGACUUGAUAAAGCUGACACCCGAUGGUAAAAAGAUGGUAAAUGUGCACGACAAGCAGCAACCAGCAGCUCAGUCGGUAUUGAAUCAGCAACAACAGCAACAUAAGAGCAGUGGUAAGCAGGACGAGAAUAUAUUUAAGAACAACGACGAAGACUUCUUCGAGUUGUUGACUCGGUCUCAGAGCAAACGGAUGGAUGAUCAACGCUGUACCCUGAAGUUGACCCACGCCGAAAGCGUCGAUUCAGCUAGAAAACCGUUGACUCAGCAUAACAGUAACGCGGCAGUGGCUAAGGAAAAUAGAAACGCUUUACUGGAGAUGAUCGCAGACUUCCAGUCAGAGCGCAUGGAUGAACAACGAGCUUUACUACCAGGUUUAAAGCGAAUUUCGCUUAACAACUCAACCAACGCGGUUAGCCGUCCAGCAAACGCUAGCAGCAACAGUACCACCAAUACCGGCCAGGCACAAUCUCAGCAACCACCACCGUCGGAUAACUUCGAAACACCACCAGAUGAUGCAUUCCUAGACAUGCUUAUGAGAUGCCAGGGCACCCGCAUUGAAGAACAACGCUCGGAAUUACCUACUCCGAAUAUCACGAUGGAUGCAGAAUCGAGCGAAAGGCGAACUGGUGGGCCGGGCAACUCGAACAGCGGAGCCACCGUUCCAGAUGAAGAUUUCUUCUCUUUGAUCAUGCGCCUCCAGGGUGGGCGGAUGGAAGACCAACGAGCUACAGUACCUUUGCACAAUAACAACAACAGCCACCGUAACAAUAACAACAAUCAAAAUCAUAACAACAGCAACAACACGACAAGCAGCAACAUCAGUCAAAGUGGAGUCAGUUCAAAUCGAAGCAACGGAAAUGGUAGUAAUAAUCGUGGCAACGGUAGCGGAAGGGAACUGAAAUGAUGUAAUUCUUUCAGUCAAUAAGAUAAAAAAUGGAAUAGAAUAGGAGAUAUUCAACACUGUACGCUUUUGCACAUUUUACAAUGUGCAGGCGACUAGAAGACGAUAUCAAACGAUUGUAAACUUUCCGCGCCAUAUUUCUUUACUUACCGUGUGUGUGAUUGUGUGCAUAUUUUUAUUAAACUGUGAGGAUUUAUUACUCCUUGCAUUUCAGCAACUGCUACAGCCUGCUGUCGAAUGUUUCACAAUGCAAGGUAUACUCUAAAAUACCGGUAUGUUGACAACUUGUUUUUAAUCGCAAACGAUCCGUUCGAUAUAAUUGUAAACAAAUGCCAAUAUAAUCCACCUGCAUGCAAUUCAAUGCUUUGUGAAUGAGCUAUAAAGUUUGCUAACCAGUCAUUCCUUUUACUAGAUACAAUAAGAUUAUUUCAAUUUAUACUGCAUGUGGCUAAUCGAUUUUUUAGUACUCGCGAAAAUAUUGCAAAACGAGACUAACGUUUUACCUGUUGGAUUGUCUCGGAUAAUGAUAAGCUUUUCGUUCGUCUUCGCGGAUAUGAAGUAAUAAAAUAAUCAAAUAUUUAGAAUGACCAAAAUAGUUUACUAAUACAAAAGUGCAGUCACUUUAUUUUUCAAGUAUAGUAGAAACGUAAUAUAUAUUAAAAAAAAUGAGACUACGCCUAGAUCAAAAGCCAUUUAUUUAGGACCUAAGGGUGUAAAAACUGAUUUUUGCGAAUCUUAAAGCUAAUUGAGUAACCAUUAGAUCAAACCACACAACACGAUUACAUGAUAUUCCUACGGUUUAGAGAAUUGUUCUCCGGGUAUGUAUCUAUGAAAAUGCUGUAUAUAUUACUCUCUCUAAAUAAAACGAGAGCACAACAAUACAAACUUCACAGCAUUUAUAUUUGUGUGCUUUUAUUCUUCUGAUCUAACCAAUAUGCGAGAGUGUCAUCAAAUCUUCCAACUUUUAGAUCGCAACACGUAUUUAAUAUAUAAACAAACACUAAACCCAUACUAAUGAUAAACAUUACUGGAAUCUACCAAUUCAAACAAUAUUAAUAGAUAGAAAGAAUUACAAAACUAAAAACCAAAAGUUUUUGCAACACUUUUUCCCCCACGAUCGAUAGUAAUCGUUAUUUCAUAUCAUAUUUAUGUGUGUAUUUGUUUGGAAUCCAUUCCACUAAACCGGUACAAAUCUUUUUAGCCGGAUCUUCCCAGAAGUUGUGCCGUUUUUUAUAAAUGUGUUUCAAAAAAGUCCACCCAGUUGCUAUAGAGUACACCACUGCGAAAGCCAAAACUAAACAAGAAAAAAUUACAAAAUAACUACAGUGAUUGUUGAAAGUUCAAAUAUGUUUUACUAACUCUUUCGACGCUAGUUUUUUUUGUUAUGUUAUACCCUAACAGUCUGAAAAAUGGAAAUAUACUAUCUAUCUGCAUUAACUACA